AUGACUCAAUGCUCUUUCCCCGACCAUCCAAGUGGCUCUUCUGGCAAGUCACGCGCACAGUCUGUGCAAGAGAACAAUGAAAGUGUGAACCAGGAAACGCUAGAUAUCGUGCUGGCCUUACUGGCCAACCUCGAUCUCUCCAGCAUCAGUGCCAUGAGGUUGGUGUCCGCGGUGCUGGAUCACACCAAUAUUGGUGCAACUUCUGCUGCAACUGGGAGAUCUGCCCCUCCAAUGGCCACCACCCCUUUGGCGCAAGUGCCCAGCCCAGCAACGGCCACCUCCUCCCCACUAGUCUCUGCCCCGCCCUCCCCUUCGCCCGCUCGCACCCCGCCUACCCCAUCACCCACAUCUGCGGUUGGGGCUGCUCCUGCUCCUGCUCCCGUCUUAAUCCAGACCUAUCAAGGCUGGGCAUUCAAUGUGCCGGAGCCUGGGGUGCAGGGGCAAUAUUAUCUAGUGACUAGAGGUCGUCGCAUUGGUAUUUUUGUGGCCUGGCAGACCACCUCUCCCUAUGUCACUGGGGUGAGCCAUGCAACUUACACUCGCAUCUCAUCUGUAGAGGCCAGGAUAGCCGGCAUGCGGCUCGCGAUUGACAAUGGUGAGGUGGAAAUUUUGCAGUGA